CUCUAUGCAAAUCUUGUUACUAUGGUAUAUUUCGUCGAUUCGGAAAGGGAAGUGGCUAGGUGCUUUGGAAAGUUAUCGAAGCAGAAAGUUUUCUUUCUCUGAAGUUGACUAGCUAAUAACAAACAGAAAAGAACAACAACAUGGGAACAACAGCAAGUCAAUUAAGGAAGGAUCUGCUCUCAGAAUAUCAGGAGCUGACGUUUCUUACAAAGCAAGAAAUUAUUCUGGCACACAAGAGAUUCAGUGAACUCCUCUCCAAAGAGGACAGAAACAUCCCCACCCCGCGAGUGCCCAUGGAGAAAGUCCUUUCACUGCCAGAACUCAAGUCCAACCCUUUCAGAAAAAGGAUCUGUCACGUAUUCUCAACAUCUGAUAUGAAAGAUGGAAGUCUCACCUUUGAGGACUUCCUUGAUCUCUUGAGUGCCUUCAGUGAUUCAGCUACACUGGAAAUCAAGUCCCACUACGCAUUCCGCAUUUUUGACUUUGAUGAUGAUGGCACUCUGGAUGGUGGGGACCUGGAGAAGCUGGUGAACUGUCUGACUGGUGAGACGGAUGACACAAGGCUUACCACUGAAGAGAUGAGGCAGCUCAUCAGCAAUAUUCUUGAAGAGUCUGAUAUAGACAAAGAUGGAACUGUGAAUCUGUCAGAGUUCCAACACGUCAUCUCAAGGUCACCAGAUUUCGUCAGUUCUUUUAAGAUUGUUCUGUGAAGUCGACAAAUAAGAUGCCAGGAUAUGGAUACCUUGGAUUCUCUGUCCUAUUUAAUACUCAGAAGACCUUUUUUUUUUCAUUGUAAUAAUAUUUUUAAGAUCUUGCCUUAAAUUCUUUGUCUGUAGAUUAAUAUUUCUAUUAUGUUUGAUAAUGUAUUUUUACAUAAUGUAUAUGCAAUAAGAGCCUUCUAACUGUAUUAUUUAAAUCUAAAUAUCUAGAAUAAAAGUAAUCAAGUCUUA